CGGCUGCUGCGGAGCAAUUGGGCGGGAGAGAACUUUAUUAGAAGGAAGCGGCCCACUUGCGGGCUGCGCCCAGAGGCCGAGCGCUCGAGCACGGCGGGGCGCAGGGCGCGGGUCGGGGCGCCGCCGGCAGGGGAGGGGUCGGGGCGCGAGGCGGAGCCCGGGCGCGUCGCCAGGCCGGUGGGGCCCGGCGGGCGGCAGAUUCCCGGAUUCCCCGCGGCUGCCCAGCGGCGGCAGCACCGGCCGGGAGGCGCCAUGGAGGGGAGCCCCAUCCCCGUGCUGACGGUGCCCACGGCGCCCUACGAGGACCAGCGGCCGACCGGGGGCGGGGGGCUGCGGCGGCCCACCGCGCUCUUCGAGGGCCAGCGCAACUACCUGCCCAACUUCAUCCAGAGCGUGCUGUCGUCCAUCGACCUGCGGGACCGCCAGGGCUGCACCAUGGUGGUGGGCAGCGACGGCAGGUACUUCAGCAGGACGGCCACGGAGAUCGUGGUGCAGAUGGCCGCGGCCAACGGGAUUGGACGACUGAUUAUUGGGCAGAACGGCAUCUUGUCGACCCCUGCAGUUUCCUGCAUUAUCAGGAAGAUCAAGGCGGCUGGUGGAAUCAUCCUGACAGCCAGCCACUGUCCUGGAGGGCCAGGCGGAGAGUUUGGAGUCAAGUUUAAUGUUGCCAAUGGAGGUCCGGCCCCAGAUGUUGUCUCAGACAAAAUAUAUCAGAUCAGCAAAACUAUUGAGGAAUAUGCUAUUUGUCCUGAUCUUCGAAUUGACCUAUCUCGACUAGGAAGACAGGAAUUUGACCUGGAGAACAAAUUCAAACCGUUCCGAGUGGAGAUCGUGGACCCCGUGGAUAUCUAUCUCAAUCUCCUGCGGAACAUCUUUGACUUUAACACCAUCAAGGGUUUGCUGACUGGGCCCGGCCAGCUGAAGAUCCGCGUUGAUGCUAUGCACGGAGUUAUGGGACCUUAUGUAAGAAAAGUUCUCUGUGACGAGCUGGGAGCUCCAGCCAAUUCUGCAAUAAACUGUGUUCCCCUUGAAGACUUCGGAGGGCAGCACCCUGACCCAAAUCUGACGUAUGCAACAACCCUCCUGGAAGCCAUGAAAGGAGGAGAGUAUGGAUUUGGAGCUGCAUUUGAUGCUGAUGGAGACCGUUAUAUGAUUCUUGGCCAAAACGGCUUCUUUGUGAGCCCUUCCGACUCCCUGGCCAUCAUUGCCGCCAACCUCUCUUGCAUUCCGUAUUUCCGUCAGAUGGGGAUUCGGGGAUUUGGGAGAAGUAUGCCGACCAGCACAGCACUGGACAGAGUGGCCAAAUCAAUGAAGGUCCCUGUCUAUGAGACGCCAGCUGGAUGGAGAUUCUUCUCGAACCUGAUGGACUCGGGACGGUGCUCUCUGUGUGGAGAAGAGAGCUUCGGCACUGGCUCUGAUCAUCUACGUGAGAAAGACGGCCUCUGGGCUGUCUUAGUCUGGCUUUCCAUUAUUGCUGCCCGGAAACAGGGUGUGGAGGAAAUUGUUCGAGAUCACUGGGCCAAAUACGGCCGCCACUACUAUUGCAGGUUUGACUAUGAGGGGCUGGAGCCCAAAGCAACAUACUAUAUCAUGAGGGACCUGGAGGCCCUGGUCACGGACAAGUCCUUCAUUGGCCAGCAGUUUGCUGUGGGGAGUCAUAUCUACAGCGUUGCAAAGACAGAUAGCUUCGAGUAUGUGGACCCUGUGGAUGGGACCGUGACCAAGAAACAGAUAUCACCAGACAGGGCUUGGAGUAAAGAAUCAGCAGUCAAAUUCAUGCAGCAGGGCCUGAGGAUCAUUUUCUCGGAUGCAUCACGACUCAUCUUCCGGCUCAGUUCCUCCAGUGGUGUGCGGGCCACCAUCAGGCUGUAUGCAGAGAGCUAUGAAAGGGAUCCCAGUGGUCAUGACCAGGAGCCACAGGCAGUGCUGAGCCCUCUCAUAGCCAUUGCGCUGAAGAUAUCCCAGAUUCACGAGAGAACUGGCCGGAGGGGACCCACCGUCAUCACCUGAAUGGAGGAGAUCACUCACCAUGGCCAAAGAGAGCACUCAGUGGGGGACACUUCACGAUGCCUUCUUGCUACCUGUUUGUGCCUCUUGUGACAUUGAAAAUAACAAAAGAUAUUUUGUUGUUGGGGAGUAGGGGUGGGUGGGAAAAGAAAUCCAUUUUGUUUUGCUUUUGUCCAGUUCCUCCGAAUGCAACAGGGUUGGUAGUUUUCUGGGGAAGACGCACAUCUGUCAUUUGACAUCUGUGUUUUAUCACACGAAGGGGGGGCUCCCCUUUGGAUAGAAAGUGGGCCAGGAAACCAUGAGUCACAGCUUCUGUACAUCAUUGGUGCCACAUCAGAAAAGGUUCAAUGAUUAUGAGAGAGAGAGCGAGAGCAGUGUGGAAUUAAGGGACCCUAAGUCACAGCAGCCCCUGAGCGGGGAGAAGACCCACCCCUGUGUCAGCUUUCCUUCCAGAGGCCUGCUUUUAGAAUACCUGAUAGCCCACCUCCCCCACAUGGUGGCCCACGCUUCCCAAUAUCCCAGCAUCCUGGCCCACCUCCUUUCACAUCUCCAGAGCACUCUAAACCACGAGGGCAUGCUUCCAACAAAACAUAUUACAGGGUGUUUUUCUCUUAGUUUAUGAGUAUUAUUUUAGCUAUCAAUCUUGUUGCAUUCCUUCAGAUGCAACCAGUUUUGUGCAGGUGGGAAGGAGUUUCUUGACAAGAUUCUGCAAAUGAAUGCUUCAGAUGUGUGUAGGGGCCCUAACUUGGUUAUAUCACACAGGUUGCUAUUGUGACUUUACAUAGAUUGCUCCUGAGAGGACUAAAGCACCAUUGUGUGCCCUGGGUGUCUGAUUCUCCGCCUAAGGGCCUGUUUUCAUGUACUUGUUGGAACAUGGUUCUGAUCUUACUUAGAAUGGUCAUAAAAAGGAGAGCAUGAAAUGUUGUGAAAGUGGGAAAUGGCAGAGGAUGCUGGAAGAGAACAUUACUGCAGGACAGUCAUGAGCCUGGUGAGACGUAGGGAAGGGCUGCGGUGCCUCCUAGGAAGCAGAGGUCACCACGGACUCUGUUUGCUGAGGAAGGAAAUGGAAAUGCAGCUCAAACAGUAGGCGCAUCUGUGCUCAGCCAGAAUGCUGGGGCAUGGGACCUGUUUGCGUGUGUUUGCUUCCUUGGGAACAGCACAGUCUGUCAUCCUGCCAUUCGCCGAGAUGACCUAGUACACUCUGCCUGUUAAGCAAUGUAUUGUGGCUGUAGUCAAGGUUAGCGCAAGUGAGGAAACAUGCCUGGGAAGGUAAUUGUUUCCAUUUGCUAUCUGUGCUUCUGUCAAAAACUUGCUAGGACGUUUAGUAGUCAAUAAGAAAGAAAUUCCUUACUUUAACCUGAUCAAGGACUGUAGAUUUCAAUGCAUUCAUUUCACCAUUUGAGAAACUCUGGUAGUGACCACGCUUCUGAUAAAUGUGUCUUUUGGAAUACUUACAAGGACUGUUUUUCCUGAUUAUCACUUGGGGAAUUGGGGAAAUAUAUGGAACAGAAAAAUUGAAUUGCUUAGGAUUGCCUGUGGGAAUCAGCAGUAACAAAAAGCAUCUAGACAUUCAUUGUAACAGUCUUUAUUUUGAAAUAAUAAGAAGGUGACUCUGACUCGAGAUUUAAAGAACCAAUUAUGAAAUGUAUCACCAGUGGAAUAAAAAUUUGCCUUGUACCUUU